AUGUCUCCACGUGGACUGUCAGAGAUGCAGUCGCGGCUUCAUGGAAGCAUCCGCACGGACGGCUAUUACUCAGUGGACGUUUGGAUCGGGUCGCCGCCGCGCAAGUUCUCUCUCAUGGUGGACACGGGCAGCGCGCUCACCAUCGUGCCGUGCUCCUCCUGCUCGCCGUGCGGCGCUCACAUGCGACGGCUUUCUCUCCUCCGACCUCGUUUCCUUCUCCGCUCCCCCUCCCCUCCCGCGCCCGCCGCGUCCGCCGCCGUUGUUCCCAAGGAGGAGCGCGCUUCCGCCCGCGAAGGCUCCCGGCCUUCCGCUUCCUCCUCCUUUUCGUUUUUCUCCUGGUGGUGGUGGCCGUUUUCCCCCUCCCCUUCCGCCGUCGCUUCCGCCUCUUCCGCGUCGUCUCCCCCUUCCUCAUCCGCCCAUGCGCAAGCUUCCCCCGCUUCCCCCUCCUCUUCCUCCGCGACUUCUGCGCAAGUCCAGUCUUCCGCCCCUGGCCCCGUUCCGCCGCUUCCGCGCGUGCUAUUCGGGUGCGCAGAGGCGGAAACGGGCGCGCUUUCCCGCCAAGCGGCGGACGGCGUGCUAGGGCUCGGACGGGGGGCGUACAGCCUGCUGGCGCAACUAAUGCUCUCCUCUCCCUCUUCCUCCCCGCACCCCAGAGGCACACCGUUCUAUCAGGUGGUGGUAUCGCAGAUACUCAUAGCAGGGGAGCCUCUCCCCGUGGAGGACGCCCCGCUGCUCUUCUCCUCCGGCUUUGGGGUCGUUGUUGACAGCGGCACCUCCUUCUCGUACCUGCCGGCGCCGCUGUUUGAGGCGUUCAAGCACAGCAUCAUGGCGCGCGUGGCCAGGGGCGUCAAGAUGCUGACGGACACAGAGCCGCAGUACCAGAGCAUGUGCUUCCGAUCCACCUCCUGGACUGCAUUGCAAGCCUCCACGCUCGGCUCGUUCUUCCCGUCGGUGGAGGUGGUAUUUGGGGAAGGCGCCGUCUACCGCCUGGACCCCGAGAACUUCCUCUUCCAGCAUCGCAAGCGCAGCGGCGUGUUCUGCAUCGGGGUCUUCCCCAACCCCGACCAGGGCACCAUCCUUGGCGGUCUCAUGUUCCGCAACACCAUGUUGACCUUUGACCGGGUCAACGACCGCCUGGGGUUCUGGAAGACUCCCUGCGACCAGCUCAUGUCGCACAUUGUCUCACCUGGCGCGCCUGGUUCGGAACCAGGUCCGGAGCCAGGUUUGGAUGCAGGCUCGGAACCUGGUUCGGAACCUGGGUCGGGAUUAGGGGAAGAAUUAGGCUCGGAUAUACGGCCUGCACCAAGGAGAGUGAAUCCGUUAGGAAGGGGCAGGGAUCCCCGGGACCCUUACACAGAGGAGCAGGCUCACCCUGGCGGAGGUUCGGCAGCAGGCGUGGGUCCAGGCUCGGGUGGACCCAAACCUGACGACGGCAUCCUCCGAACCAGUGUUCCCACUUCAAAGGAUGUGCCUGCCAAGGAUGUGACUGUAAGAGAUGUGGCUGUAGGAGGCGGCAGCAGCAGCAGCAGCAGCAGUGCGAGCAGCAGAAGCAAGCGGGCGCCAGACGCAGGGCCAGCAGGAGGAGACGACGACAUGGCGAUGGUGUGGGCGGUGGCGGACGCCAUGCCGUCAUAUCGCCCUGUGGACUCCACGGGGUGUGCGGGGUGCGCCAGCCACGUUGACAUGGAGCUGCGCUUCCCCCUGCUCUCGUCCGCACAGCUGGAUGCUCUGGAAGGGCAGCUGACGGAUGAGCUGAUUCGAGAAUUAUUGCUGGAGCCGGGCCAGGUGGUGAUUCAGAGUGUGUGGGGUACGAGUCCCAGCGGGGCAGCAGCGGAGGUGUGGUUGGUGCCGUAUGCGGGCACUACCUUCCUGCCCGCCAUCACCGUGCAGCGAGUGGAAACCACCAUCCGCCAGCACGCCAUGCAUCUCUCUCCCCCGUUUGGCCCCUACAACCUCAGCUCAUUCAACGCGCCGCCGCCUGACUUCUCUGGCAGCGCGGCCCAAUCUCACUCCAAGCCGCAGCUGCGUUGGCUGUGGUUCCUCGUGGCAAUCCCCCUCUUCCUCCUCUGUAUCGCUGCUGCUGUCUGGUUCCGAGUGGGACGGAAGGAGGCCGAGAGCGAGGCCGGGAGGAAGAGAUUCGUGACAGUGGGGAGGCGGUUGCAGCAGGAGGCUAUGGAGAGUGAGAGGAGCGAGAGGAUGGAGCGGCAUGAUAGAAUAGAGCGGUUUGAGCGGCAUAAUAAGAUGAUUGCGCUGACUGCUCAAGGCUCGGGCCCGUCGCCGAAGCAAGCCACCGGGCCCGGGUCGAUGAGCGGGAGUAUACAUUGA